AUGGGGGUUUGUAGUUCAUCCAAAAAGUGUGAAAGCAAGAGCAGCUCCAAGAAUAAUUUUAAUCCAGCUUUGACCAACACUGCUGAAGUUCAACAAACCCUUAGAGAAACCAUUCUUACCAUAAACGAAUAGAGGAUAAAUUAAAACCAAACCGUCUAGAGAAAAUUGAAAAAAGCAGGCACUUUGAGUUAUUUUGAAUACAAACAAGAUCAAAUAUCCACGGACAAACAAUAAAGAAGUAACAGGAAGAUAGUUUAGAAGGUACCUCAACUUAGAAUCAAAGUCACUGACGCAAUUGCUUCAAAAGACUAUUCUGUGUAUAAGGGGAAGGUCAAGAUAGCCGAAAAAUCGACUCUUCGGGUUAUGUAACACAACAGUGAUGGAUAACUAGUAAUUAUGGAACAAUUACCCUAUGAUUAAGAGGGAAAGGAUUAUAUUGAAUGGCUCCAAAAAACCAAUUUGGACUUUUAUCAUAUUGGAAAGAUUCAUGAAAUCUUUAUAUUUGGAAAACAAUUUUAGAUAAUUAGUGAAUUUUGCACAGGAGGUCCUCUAUCCUUGUUAUUGCACAGCAAGCUAUCAGAGCAGGUAGUUAGUAACAUUAUGGAUUAAAUAUUUGAGAUCAUCAACUUCCUUCACUCGAAUAAGUUGGUUCACAAUAAGUUGACAAUAGAUAGUUUUUCUUUUUAUUACGAUUUGUAAAAUUAUUUGAUUAAGUUGACUGAUAUAAGGAGUUUACAUAAACCUUUACGAGAACCUUAACUUCAAAUCAUUUAAUAUGCCUCUCCUGAAGUUCUAUCUGUCUACUCCCAACAUCCUCACAAAUCAAGCGACAUCUGGUCCCUAGGAAUUAUUGCCUAUCAAUUAAUGACCAGAAAUUUCAUUUAUGAAAGGAAUCAAGAUUUGACUACUAUCCAAGAAGUCAAAUCGGCAAUUCUUAGGUGGACAGCUAAAUAAGACCUAAAGGAUGAAGUGUCUUAAUGUUUUGAAGAUCUAAUUUUUAAAAUGCUUCAUUCUGAUAAAAAUUAAAGAUUUAAAAUAGAAGAAUGCCAAAAACACGAGUUUAUUGUAAAGCAUUAGAAUAAAAACUUGAAUUGCUUUUUUAAACACUAAUUUACUGAGGAAUUCAAUAGUAAAUUGUAAAGAUGGCUCAUGAUUUAUCUUGUAAAUCACUAUGAACACUCUCAUCAUCAUGUAGCACAUAGGAUUUUUGAUUUUUUGGAUAAGGACAAGGAUGGAAAGUUGAAUGUAACAGAAUUGUAAGAAUUCGAACGAAAACUAAAGUAAGCAUAAGGAUAGGAUAUGAACAUCAAAGUAAUAUAGAAUUUGAUUGGAAAAGAAGUGGAAUUAGGAUUGGAGGAUUUCAUUCUGAUGUUUUCUAAUAAAUCUCUGUACAUUACCCAUCACAAUAUCCAUCAUAGUUUUAAGAAAUUAGCUAAUAAAAGCUCAGAAAUUACUGUAAAAUCUUUGUCAAAAAUACUCAAUAUUUCAGAAGAGGAAAUAACAGAGGAAUUCAAGAAUCAUCAACUCUAUUAUGAGUCUUAUAGCAUUCCUUUGGAAUUUGCAUAAUAUGAGACGAUUAUGAAUUAGAUUCUGGUAGUUUAAAAUGAGUUUUAAUGA